GGAUGGGCAAGCGAGAAACUGUGAGAGAGAGAGAGAGAGAGAGAGAGAGAAAGAGUGAGCGAGCGCGUGCAUUCUCAGAGUCAGCCGCCGAAGACACAGAAAGUCCACGCGCUCACAUCAACAAGAGAGCGUGCCAGCGAGCGUCGGCCACCGGCAACUCCGAAGAGUAAGAGAGACUCCCAGAGAGACAGGGGAGAGGAGCAACCAGCGGAGGAAGAGACGGACAGAGGACAGACUACCAGCUUUCCACUGGUUUUGCCCUCUCCACUGCUCGCAGUCAUGAUCCCUCGGGUCCUUCUGCUCUUGUGGAUCUCCGGACAUGGUGCGGCGGCCAUGUUUUCCCAGCAGCCACAGGACCUGGUGGUGGUGGCGGGCCAGCCUGUGACGUUACCAUGCAGCAUCCCUGGUUACCACGGCGUCGUCCUGUGGAUCAAAGACGGCCUGGCGCUAGGAGUUGGCAGAGAUCUCGCUGGCUACCCUCGCUACACGGUGAUCGGCGACCACGGCUCAGGGGAGCAUCACCUGCGAAUCCAGCGGGUCGAGCUGAUGGACGACUCGGUGUUUGAGUGCCAGGCCGUCCAGGCCGCCAUGAGGUCCCGUCCCGCCCGCCUCACUGUGCUGGUGCCGCCAGAGGACCCCGUCAUCAGUGGGGGGCCGGUGGUGAGCCUGAGGGCGGGCGACCCACUCAACCUGACCUGCCACGCCGACAACGCCAAGCCGGCGGCCUCCAUCCUCUGGAUCCGCAACGGAGAGGUCCUGAAUGGGGCCAUGUACUCCAAGACAUUGCUGCGGGACGGCAGGAGAGAAAGCACCGUCAGCACGCUCUACCUGCUGCCUUCCAACAUCGAGACGGGUCAGCAGAUCAUCUGCAAGGCCUCCAACAAGGCGGUCCCCAACGGCAAGGAGACCAGCGUCACAAUCGACAUCCAGCAUCUGCCGCUCGUCAAUCUCUCCGUGGACCCUCAGCCUGUUCUGGAGGGCAACCUCGUCAAGUUCCACUGCUCUGCAAAAGCCAACCCUCCCGUCACGCACUACAGGUGGGCCAAAGGGGGAAGCAUAAUCAAGGAGGUAUCCGGAGACACGUACGAGGUCAUCGUGGACCACUCCUUCUUCACCGAACCCGUUUCCUGCGACGUCACCAACCCCCUCGGCAGCACCAACGUCAGCCGCAACGUUGACGUCUACUUUGGUCCUCGCAUGGCCGCGGAGCCUCAGUCCUUGCAGGUGGACCUGGCAUCUGACGCGGUCUUCAACUGUGCCUGGUCUGGAAAUCCGUCCCUUACCAUCGUGUGGAUGAAGAGGGGAUCCGGAGUGGUUCUCAGCAAUGAAAACCUCCUGACACUGAAAUCCGUGCGACAGGAGGACGCCGGGAAGUACGUUUGUCGCGCUGUGGUUCCGCGCGUAGGAGCGGGGGAGAAGGAGGUUUCUCUCACUGUCAACGGUCCCCCUACCAUCUCCAGCACACAGACUCAGCAGGCGUUACAUGGAGAAAAGGGACAAAUCAAAUGUUUCAUUCGAAGCACACCCCCUCCAGACCGCAUUGCCUGGUCAUGGAAAGAAACCGUGCUGGAGUCUGGAACGUCCGGCCGCUACACCGUGGAGACCGUGACCACCGAGGAGGGAGUCAUCUCCACGCUGACCAUGAGCAACAUCGUCCCGGCCGACUUCCAGACCAUCUACAACUGCACGGCGUGGAACAGCUUCGGCUCGGACACGGAGAUCAUACGCCUUAAGGAACAAGGUGGGAGCCAAGAAUCUCUCCCGGUUGCGGUGAUCAUUGGCAUCGCCGUGGGAGCCUUUGUGGCCCUCAUUGUCAUCAUGGGCACCAUCGGAGCGUUCUGUUGCACACGCGCCCAGAGAAAGGAAGCGCACCUGGUUAUGCCCUCACUGCCCGUCUCCAUCUGUGCUCACCAGAGAGAACUUGCAAGCAAAAUUAAGACAGAAAAUCUGAAAGGAGUCGUGUCGGCGAAAAACGACAUCCGGGUGGAGAUUGUGCACAAAGACCACAAUGCAGCACGAGAGAACGAGGAGCACACCUCCAUGAAACAACUGAUGGUGAGUCAGGUUGAACGAGGAGAGUUCCAGCAGGAGUCUGUACUGAAGCAACUGGAGGUGCUGCAGGAGGAAGAGAAGGAGUAUCAGCACAUUAAGGACCCUACAAACGGCUACUACAGCGUCAACACCUUUAAGGAGCACCACACGCCGACCAUGGCGGGCAGUCAGUCCGCCGAAGUGAGGAACCCGGCCGGCACGGCCACCCUGGGCAAGCAGCGGGUGCCGACGGGCAUGUCCUUCACCAACAUCUACUCCACCCUGGGAGCGGGUCCCAACCGCCUGUACGACUACAGCCAGCGCUUCGUGCUGGGAAUGGGCAGCAGCUCCAUCGAGCUGUGCGAGCGGGAGUUCCAGCGCGGCUCGCUCAGCGACUCCGGCUCCUUCAUCGACACGCAGUGCGACAGCAGCGUCAGCAGCUACAGCAAGCCGGACGGCUACGUGCAGUUCGACAAGGACAGCAAGGCGUCGGCCUCCUCCUCCUCCCACUACUCCCAGUCCUCCUCGCAGAACUCGGACCUCACCCGGCCGCUGCAGAAGCGCAUGCAGACCCACGUCUGACCGCCAGGAUGGCGGUGGGGGGGCAGGGGGCAGGAGUCAGCAGGAGCUGACACAAACUGACACAAUCAGCUCCCACGAGCCUGAACACCUGGAGAUGUUUGGGGCUGGUUGGCUUUAAUUCAUCACAGACGUGUUCAGACUUCAACAAGAAGCCUUAUAUUUCCCCUCAUGCUAAACUCAUCAACCGCCUCCUUUAGUUAUGCCCAUAGUCAUGAUCGUGCCACGGCGGGGUUAUUUGCACACACAGAGACCACAUGCAUUUGAAAAUGUUGAACAUUCAACACCCUGUUUGUGCAGAGGAAUUACUAGCAGAGUGCAGGAACGCUCCGCUGGCAAAGACCCGUUUGGCCUUUUUGAAGAAACGUCAUUCAGGAAAACUGGGUGUGAAGUUGAGGACAAUGAGUGCGAGCCAACGUCCUGCAGCUCUCUUGUGAUUCGAAGCACAACAAUGAAUGUGCAUGUGGUUUUCAGUUGUUAAAGCAAUAACUCUUCCCGUCUCCCCACCUUCUGCUCAAACACCGUUUGUUAGGCCCGGCUUGUUGGAACACAUCUCCUGCGUGGGCGCUGGGAAACUUCUCCAUGUGCCCGCAGACGCCUUGAACGUUGCAAACGAACCGCCGUUUUAGUUUUUCCUCUCUGCAGCGGUAUCUGGGCCACGGAGCUGGGCAGAUCAAGAGGGGGGCUGAGAUCUCCUUUUAAAUCCCUGACUCGUUAUUUUACUGUGACACAAAAAAGAAAAAUAUCAGUGUAUAUACGGGACUGUCUUUUAUUUUCUAGCAUCUAACUUCUGACUCUGAUGUUCUCACGGAGGACUCGUCCACGUCUACUUUGCCUUCAGGCUCCGUUUGAUCUGUGUCGAUACGAACCCUGAGUAAGCGAGAAACACUAUCGCUGUCCACCCCUCUGCUGAUCCAAGGAGUGCAGCGCGUGUUGUGCUCGUGAGUUUCUGCAGCGAUCUCUGCAGAUCGUCCGCUGAUACCCGCUGAAGGGAAUGCAAACAGUAAACUUUAGCUCAGCUUCUUAUUGUGUGCUUCUUCUAUUGAUAUUGUCAAUAUGAGUGUUGACACUGGAGCUUAGCGCACAGGGACUGUGUACCUCCCUGUGAUCGUGGCGGUCAUCGCGGGGUAUGUAGAGCAUUUUGUUCUCUUUUUACUCUGCUUUUCUUCUUUUUUUUUUUUUUUUUUUUUUUCGGGCUACUGUGGAACUGAUUGUGUUACACAGACUCUUUUCAAGUGCAUCCUUUUAUUUGGUUCCGUUCUGCAAAGUAAGUGACAAAAAUGAAAUUGGAUUUAUUAUUUAAUCCCUGACACAGCAUUAGUCUCGGUUGGGAGUAGGGACAGUAGUGAUUUAACCACACAAAGGCUCACACUUGACACUUGAAUUUCAAAGGGAGCUUGUUGAUGUCAGGCAUCGGGCACGUUUGCUCGGAGAACAUCACCGGGCAGCGAGGCUUCAUUUGCAGUACUCAAGGUGCAGAUACCAAUUGGGCAAAAAGACCCAAUCUUCAUUAUCAGACGCGACCACACGUGCACUAUGAUGAGUUAACUUUGGACAUCAAAAUGUACUUAACAACGUCUAUUUGGAGCAGCGUAAAAGCCGGUCUUUCAUUGGUAAACCUUUCGAUAAAUUCCAUAAUCACACUUGCAUAACGCACAAAGUCCCGUUCAGCCACACUUACGAGGAUCAGCUUGUUUGUUUUUCAAUCAGAGUCCCUGCAAAACAACGGCAGCUUGCAGCGGAAAACCGUGGCUCGCAAUUUCGGUUCGUCAGAUCAAACUAGAAUGUGACGAGAAAGUAUAUUAGGUCACGACCCGUCUUGGACUGGGUCGUUUUUCAGCGUAUUCCACAGCGGUGCAGUCCGUUGGGAAGAAGAAAGCCAGAAAACCAACACUGAAUAAACAACAAAAACCGACUCAGCAUCUCAAACAACAGCAAGUUGUUGCUGUAAGCACUUUAUCUUUGAUUAUAUUCAGGCCAUUUGAAAGGAGUUUCCACUUGAAUGGCAGCGGUUUGGACUUUAAUUUUACAAAUGGAUUAGCGCCCAUUGUACAGCUUAAGACAAAAAGCUCUGUUUCACCGCUGAUAAUCCACUUUGGCACUUAGCAGACUGUAUAUAAAUCUCUAAUGCUGUCUUGUAUAUCAUUUCUCCCGGCUUUUCUGCUCUCGCUCCGUCCCAUUUCAGUGUACUAGAGCUCCACCGAUCCGCGUGGCAUCAAAACUCGGUACGGUAGACAAUCAUUUUCUCUUUGUUUCCCUCCCAAAAAAUAUCAUCAACCGUACUGGUUUCUCAUAAAUUCCACAAAAAGCUUGUGUGAGCAGUCCCCCCCCCCCCAUCUCCCCAUCUCACGGGGGAAAACCCACAAUCUGUACACGGAGCACACAGGAGGCUAUAGGAUGAGAAGCCCAGCUUAGCUGGGACAGCUUUGAAGUGAGCUGCAGUGAGAGGUUAUUAUACCUUCAGCCCUUCUGAGAGAUGCCCAGAUGCACAGAAAUAUAUUGCAUUCGGCAGCGUGAUCACUGCCAAGUUGACGUCUGCCGUUUUCCUCAUAUAUUUUUCUCAGCACUUACGAGUGCGGCAUCGAAUUCUUACCUCCAUGUUGGCAAAGGUCCAUUGCAGUGUGAUCUGUUUUUUUAAACAGGACGGGAUACGGUGCAUUUCCUCAUUUGCAUGUGCGACGCUAAUAAAUUCAAACAUGGUGCCCUUUCAAAAACGCGUCAGAAGGCCGACGUUCAGAGCGUCUCCCCCUCAGAAACAAAAACAAAUUCGCCAUCCGCUCCGGUCGUACUUAUCUGAUGCGACUCCAGCGCCGAUCCAGACAUAAUGCAUCUCCCCGGGCCAGAGAAUCAGCACCCGGCACCGCAAACGGAUAAAUAUUUGAUAGGCCAGCCUUUUGUCACCCCCCCACCCGACCCCACGGCAGCACAGGAAGCGCAGGGCCAUGUCAGUCCUGGGGACUGGAAGCCCGUGCGGGGGACGAGGUCGGCCCCGCUCACCUGCGCCGGCUUGGCCCGCGAGCAGCGCGCAGGUGCCAGAGCAGCGCAGGUGAAUAAACACAAAGACCGGAGCAAUUACAAGGGAGCGGCUGCCCUUUGCUGAUAAAAGAAAGUAACCUUUUCGGAGCGGAGGAUGCAGGCUGCUCCGUGUUAUUCACAGCGCUGGAUGGGGACGAUUAGAAGUCGAGGUCACGAGGGGCGGGAGGUGUUUCGCCAACUCGCCGUAUCGGUUCACGGCGCCAAACUUUUUGCUUGGUCUUAAUAGAAGGGACGGAGAAAUGCUGAACAUCAGUACCGCCAACGUAUCGACCGACGCCUGCAGAGGCGCGGUUAACAGGACGCGAUCCGAAGCCUCUCUCGUUACACCGUCCGUGAUAGAAGAUGGGAAACAUUGAAUUGAUCAGGAUAACCAUUUCAUUACUAUGUAAAUGCUUUGUGUCACUCUGCUCUUCUCUUUCUCUCUCACUUCUUUGCUUUUCUACCAAUCAAUACCUUGUUAGUACUUUAAUAACAUGCAACUGUAAGGAAAAGGGGCCCGGACUAAAUCACUCAGUGUUUGCUGUAGUCUGCAUACAGCGAACGACGGGUUCACAGAUGAUUGAAGGAAUCACAGCAAAGCAUUUGGAAGUCAAGUGAGCAUGCUUCUCUCUGAUUGGUCAAAUUGUUCUGCACUCCAGAUUAGUACUACAAGACCCGGCUUUGAAAAAGUACUUAACGUACGUGGUCAUUUAGCGAGUUUGUAUAAAUAGUGAACCAUACGCGUUAUUGUAAUGAAAGGACAACAUGUAAAUUCUACUGGGCAAACCACUAUUUUCAGUCAGUGGGCCUCUCUAUCUAAGAAAAAAAAAGAAAAUGGUUGUAUUUUAACUCGUACUGGUCUGUGAAUCUAUGAUACUUUUGCUCUGUAUAUUUGGAGAAUAAAAAUGAUGUUUGAGUUUGUGUUUAA